AUGUUUCCCGUGGUACUUGAUACACUUCAAGCUCUCCAAGAGUCGGAAAGGGAAGUAGCAACCCAAGCUUACCAGUUGCAAGUGGCAAUGGAAAAUAGCCAGUUUAUAGUGUCAAUGAUAGUUUUAAAGAAAAUUUUCUCUUAUAUAUCAAAUUUGAACCGUGUCCUGCAAAAAGUCAAUAUUGACUUAGCUAAUACUUGCAAUUAUGUGACAACAAUUAAAACCACCUUGCAGAACCUACGUAAUGAACAGGAAUUCUCAAAUCUUUUUGAGGAAGCAAGAAAGUUGAGUUCCACUGAUAUAAGUGCUCCAAGAGUAAGUGGUAGACAAAUAAAUCGCAGUAAUAUACGAGGUCAAACUGCAGAAGUUUAUUAUCGACAAAAUGUGUUCUACCCAUUUAUCGAACACGUAACCACCGAGCUUGAUGCUCGCUUUAAGUCUCACGAAGAAGCAAUUUCAAAAAUUCAAUUGCUUCUGCUUAACCAGACUCAAAAUACCGAAGCAGCAAAGAAAUGUAUAGUAGGGAUAGGAGCAACAUUUCUUAGUGAAGUGGAAAUAAAAGGUUUGGUAAGCGAGUAUGAGCUCUGGCACAAUCAUUGGUCUAAUCAGGAAAAGCCCUCUACCGUAUUAGAAGCUAUGGACGAGUGUGACGAACUCUUUUUCCCAACGGUUAAGAAGCUUCUUCAAAUCUUAGCGACACUUCCAGUGUCAACCGCCACGCCUGAACGCAAUUUUUCCACUCUUAAGAGGCUAAAAACGUACUUAAGAAAUAGAAUGGGAGACGAGAGGCUUACAGGCCUCGCGCUUAUGAGUAUGCAUGGAAAUAUCGCGAUAAAAUUAAAUGCCUCCGAAAUUAUAAAUAAGUUAGCUGAAAGAAGAAAAAGAAUGAACUUAAUUUUGUAA